AUGGUGGAUCUUUACGGUGCAGAUAAAGGCAAUAUUUCAUUACCUCCGAGACUUCAAUCACCCGAAGUCCAUGAUGAAGAAACCGAUGACUCAAAAGAAGUCAUGAUCUUAAAUAUGCAAACAGCAUUUUACCAAAUACGUAUUGCAGAUAUUUUAAAACGAAUUGAAAGGCUUCAAAACCGAAAUACAGAGAUUGAGGAUUCCUGCAUCGCAGAGAAACUUUAUCGGUCACAAGUUGAUAUUAAUACAGCAAAUCAGAUAGCUGAACUGAACCGACAAAUCUACAGUGAAGUGGAAAAAUUAACAGAACAGAAAAAACGGAUCCGAAUGAUUCAGGAUUGGAUAGUCGAAGAAAAGGAGGCACAUCUUAAAAAUGUGGAAUAUGCAAAUGAAAAAUAUGAGAGGACACGACUGGAAAUUACAACAAAAAUCAAUGUCUUGAGUAAUAUAUACUCUAAAAUCAAUACCCUGGAGGAGUACAAAGAGGCGAAAACCGAUUUGCGUAACAAAUUGAUUGCCGGCAAUAAUCUCAUUGCUCAGAGAGAGAAGGAUGUUGAACAACGCUGUGAGCAGAUAGACCGAAAAUUUAAAAUUGGCAGAGAAAAACUGAAGAAUGAAAUGUACGCGCGCCUCCGAGGAUUAGCUGGAACGUUUCAAAUAGAAGUUGCUACAUCUAUAGCUGAACCAAUUCAUCGAUUGAUGCGUGAAAACGUUUUCCUUAAAAACGAACUGUUAGAUGUUGUCAGAGAAUCUGUACAGAAAAAAGAAAAGAUGAAGGAAAAUAAUCAGACGGAUGAAACAAAGACGCGAGAUUGUGCAGUAUCGAGGAAGAGUACAGUAGAAUACCUCAUCAAAUCAAAGAUUCAAGGGCAUCUCUUGAAUACAACAGACAGCGAGUGA